GGAAGGAGAUAUGUGUGUCUCUGUGGCUGAUUCACUCUGAUAUAUAGCAGAAACCAGCACAAUAAGGUGAAGCAAUUAUCCUCCAAUUAAAACAAUUUUUUUUGUUAAAGAAGUAUGAGGAAUUACGGUUAAACAGCCAGAGCAAUGCUUGGGUGUGAAGGUAGAAGUAAAACCCGCUCAUCUCUGAGGGUUCCGCGUGGCCAGCUCAGGGACCCCUGCAGGAAAGGGUGGACUAGAGGGAAGACACUUGGCAGGACUCAGCAGCAGUGAGGAUUUCCACACCCAGAGCCAGCAAGCUCCUCAGACAUGCGAGGAUCCAGGAGGGACCCUCUCAAACAUGGGAGAAGCCAAGGAGGAGGCUGAGGCAUUUAGGAAACCCAGAGUUUGACCUACUUGGACAUAGUAUUUUUAAUUUUUUUCUUUGAAGGAGCAGGAGAGAGGUGUGGUAGCCUACCUAGGUGGCUGAAUAUUAUAAAUGUUGAAUUAAGGUCUUGCUUUGCACUCUUUCACUUAAGAGCUGUGUGUGUGACCCUAGAGAAGUCACUCAGCACCUCUGCGUUCCAUCUCAGCUGAUACUUCCUGUGAGGUUCAAGAUGUGUCAAUUCCUCCCCACAGUGCAGGGCACCCUGAGGGUCUGCUCUCCAAUGGGUUUAUUGUUCCCUUCUUGCCAGAUCCUAAACCUGAGAUCUCAAACCCUCCAGACCAGGAAACUUUAUCAGAUCCAGCAGGCACGGCAGCCCUAGGAAUUAUAUCUACUUCCUCCAGGGAACACGCCUCCUUGGGCAUCUGUCACCUCUGCACCCCCUAUUUCCCCAUCGGUUCUCCUGAGGUGAGGUAGGAGAGAUCCCCAAACAGCUGGAGGUUAGACAAAAGAGGGACUUCCCCAUGAGUUGCUUCCCAGGUGGCGCUAGCGGUAAAGAACCCUCCUGCCAACGCAGGAGACCUAAGAGACACGGGUUCCAUCCCUAGGUUGGGAAGAUCCCCUGGGGAAGGAAAUGGCAACCCACUCCAGUAUUCUUGCCUGGAGAAUCCCAUGGACAGAGAGAAGAACCUGGCAGCUACAGUCCCUGGGAUCACAAGAGUUGGGCACGAAUUAGCAACUAAACCACCACCACCACCAUAGUUGGUUAACAAUGCUGUGUACAUUUCCACUAUACAGCAAAGUGAUUCAGUUAUACAUAUAUACACAUCCCUUUUCAUAUUCUUUUUCAUUAUGGUUUAUCACAGGGUGUUGAAUAGUUCCCUGUGCUAUAUAGUACGACCUUGUUGUCGGAAUUCCUUGGCUUUUUAACACCCACAGCCCCUUGAUGCUGUUUCCCGUGGGUUCUUGCUACUCACAGUACAGCCCACAGCCCAGCAGCCCUGGGAUCACCUAGGAGCUUGUUAGAAAUGCAGACCCUCAAGUUCCACCAAGUCCCACUGAAUUAGAAUCUGCAUUUUAAAGAGACCCCCAGGUGACUCUUAUGCACAUUAGAGUUUGAGAAGCACUUUCACAGAUGAUUUAAGUCUUAAGGCAGCAGCAUAUAGGAGAAAGUGCUGUGGAAUAGGAGUGGGGGAGUGGGGGGCGGCCACCCAUGGUGUAGCAAAGUCACUUUCCCUCUCCGAGCCUCAUCUGGCAAGUGAGGAGGAUACUCCAGAUAAGGUCUCACUUGCCCCCAGACCUGCCGGCCUAGGAAGUUCUAGUUGAGAACAGCGCUUGCCUCAUGCCAACUGCAGUGGAGAUGGAAACUCAGAGCCCAGGUGGUGUGAGCCGGUCCCCUGUUGGCCCAGACGAAGCCCUCGCUCCCUGGGAGUGGACCAUGCACUGCAGCUGCUUGGCCAAGGGCCUCCCUGCCAUCUCCGCUGCUGGUAACGCCUGGAUCCCAGGCCUGGCCUUCCCCGACUGGGCCUACAAAGCCGAGUCAUCCCCGGGCUCCCGGCAGAUCCAGCUGUGGCACUUCAUCCUGGAGCUGCUGCAGAAGGAGGAGUUCCGCCAUGUCAUUGCCUGGCAGCAGGGAGAAUACGGGGAAUUCGUCAUCAAGGAUCCAGACGAGGUGGCCCGCCUCUGGGGCCGCAGGAAGUGCAAACCACAGAUGAAUUACGACAAGCUGAGCCGGGCCCUCAGAUAUUACUACAAUAAGAGGAUCCUGCACAAGACUAAAGGCAAAAGAUUCACUUACAAGUUCAACUUCAGCAAGCUCAUCGUCGUUAACUACCCUCUGUGGGAGAUCCGGACAGCCCCGUCCCCCUGCUUGCUGCUGGGGGCCCCUGCUCUAUUUCAGCCAGCGCUGCUCCCCAUGGGUGUGCAGAGUGAGCUCCUACACAGCAUGCUGUUCACCCAUCGGGCCAUGGCGGAGCAGCUGGCUGGACAGCGGACCCCUCAAGGGCCACCAGAGGCCUCUGGGAACAAGAAGGGGAGCAGCAGCAGUGUCCACCGACUUGGCUCUGCCCCGGUCCCCUGCCGGCUUGGCCCUUGCUGCCACCUGGGGAGCCCCCUGAACGACCUGCCCAGUCUUGCCUCCUUCACCCCUCCCCUACCAUUCGCUGUCCCCUCCAACUGGCCCCGCCUCUCAGCACCCUUCUUGCCCCCUGUCGCCCCAGAGCUGCCCUUCCCAGGGUCCUCCACGCCAGGCACCCUGCUCCCAGGACCCAUUUGUGCCCCAGCAGCCCAGCAUUUUCCAGAGCUUCCACUGUUGGCCAGACUGGCGCAGGGGGCUGAGGAGAGGCUCCGACUCUGGUCCCUGAGGCCCGAGGGGCUGGAGGUAAAGCCUGAGACCACGUCGGCUCCCAGGGAGGGCUUCUCCUCAGAGAGACAGGGAACCAGCACUGGAGAGGAAGGCCCCGCAUCCCCCAGUCUGGCGAGCUUCAAAGCGGUGUGGCCCCUGGAUCCUCCUUAAUGGGGGAGGAAGGUGUGAAGUUGGGAGGAGUCCCCCAAACUCCCUCUGUCCUCUUGUCUACCUCCCUCUGGCUUUUCACCUUCCCCUGGCUGGAAGCAGGGUGAUUGAAGGGAUGGAGCUGGACCCAAGGGGACGGGGGCAUCGCACGGAAGGAGUAUGUAUAUGUGAGGACAGGAAAUCCGAGGCGGUGCGCCCCCUCACCAAACUGCUGAUCAUGUUAAGGAGACAUUCUUAAUCUCAAUUUUUUUCUUUUUUGAGGGAGAUGAGAAAGAGGUUCCCAUCAUUUGAAAGACCCCAUACCUGCCCACACAAGAGGGGAAAUUAAGAGUCUAAGCUGGGGAUGGGUCAGGAGUUGUUUUGUUCCCCAAGUCUCAGGACAAUUUCUUUCUUCUGUGGGCCACUGUCCCUCACCCAGGCUAAGGUGUCCCGUCUCUCUCCUGUGCCUCCACACGCUUCUCUCCCACCCCUCUGCUUUCUGUGACUCUGGGAGCUCCUGUCCCCUUCUUUCUCCAAGACCUAAGCAAGUGGGAUCAGGAGGGACGGGCCUCCUCAGCUCUGUAACACUCCACGGCAAACCACAAAUAAAAUGCCCUUGGCAAACCGCCCUCUUGGCUGACCACCCACUGCUGCCCUCUGAUCUGGUGUGGAGCUAAAGGCCACUCAAGAUUUCUGAUGGGAAUAGGUGGGAGGAGGGGGUCUGGGAGGGGUCCUGAGGCCUAGCAGAAAUCGAGCCAGCCAGUCUCCUCCCUCUGCCUCCAUCAUGUCCUAGACAGAAAGGCUGAGGCUGCAGCCCGAGUCGCUCCCCAGACCAGUGGGAAACCAGCCUCAAGGAAGGAAUUUCAGAGUAGAGCAGAGGUCUUCACAGGUUGACCGCCCCCGCCUCAGGUCCCUGCCAUGUACUUCUAAGCAGAGUUCUAAGGGGCUGGGGAUGAAGUAGGGUGUUGACAGGGUUCCCCAUUGAAGCAUCAGGUGGCUGGGGGAAGAGGAGAGAUGGGUCUUUUGUUCAAACAAGGAAAAACCAUCAGAAAAGAAGAACGUUCCAGGAGCCAAGGGAACAGACCAUAUUGCUCUGCUAUCUCUAGGCUGCCAAUUACAGGCUUCAGAUUUAUCUCUACUUCCUUCCCACGAUGGAGAGCAGAAAGUAAGGAGGCUCAGAGGCUGCCUUUUGUCCCUUGUUUCUCCCUGCCUCUCAUCCAAAGAGUAGGGGUGCCUCCUUCUCUCGGGGCUCCCUGUUCAUUCUGCUUUUCACUGCCGCUCAGGCCUUAUUUGUGGCAGAUGCGUGUUCUCAUGGAUGGAAUGGGGAAGAAGAGACCCAGAGAAAGGUGGGGCUAAGCCCUCACCCCACAGAAAGGUUAAGAUGAUCAAGGAACCAGCCCCCAGGCUUCCAAGCUGGAUAGAGGCUGGGAGAAAGCGUCUGUGAGUGGUCUUCAUCUCAGUCUCUCUCCCUUACCCCAGAUGCCAAAAAGGGGGGACCUCAGACUGUCUCUCCCAGGAGAUCCUAGGAGCUACAGUGAAAACUGCUUCUCAUUCGCUCCCAAAGUCACAGGCCCAUCCCCAGUCCUACGGGAAGGAUGAACCCCAAGCCUGGGGCUUUCCCAUCAUCCUGCCCAGUUUAGGGAGACAAAGAGCUAAUGUUGUAUGCUUCGACACAAGGAAAUGGAUCUCACUGUCACAGGGCUAGUGUCCUCUUCAGAGAGGCCAGUGUCAAGGACAGGGCCCCAUAGACAGGGGCCCCCAUGUGCCUUCUGCCUGACCCCUCCUCCUCUUCAGUGGCUUGCUGUUGCUAUGACCCCCAUGUUUCAGGCAAUGAAAACUGCUUUAUGGUCACUUUUCUAAACUUUGUUUUUGGAGGAGGUGAACCCAGGAGACUGAAAGCUCAGCUUCAGAGGACAUAAAUUUCCAGGCGGCGCACUCUGCCAUUUAGACAACAGGUUCAAGUUGAGCAGAGGUUCUCAACCUCAGCACUAAUGACAUUUGGCAAAAUUCUCCGUUGGUAAGGAGCUAUCCUAUGCAUUCCUGGCCUCUAGGUACCAGUAGCACUCUCCCCAUCUCUCCUCUUCUAGACCUGAUGCAAUGUCCUCCCAGGGGAAGAAACCGUACCUGCUUGAGAAUCACUUAAGAAUGGCUUUAGCAAGUCCAGAUGUCCUAAGACGGGACCCUGGCUCCACCAACGCCAGGAGAACUAUUGAUGUCCACAUUGCAGGAGUGCCCUCUGGUGGCCAGAAUCAAGGAUCGCGAUCAGAAGGGCUUAGAGUUCCCUACUAGGCUGAAUGAGUAAAGCCCGCCAGGAGCCGGUGAUGAGCACCUUGGAGUCUUCUUAGGGAAGGAAGAGAGUUGCAAGAUAGCAAUCCCAUUUGCAAGCCAUGGACUGUUCACUAAAGGAUCCACAAAUCUAAUGGGAAAACAGAGGGCAGAUUGUCGAUUCCUCUGGUACAAUCUGCUGCAGCCAUCAACCCUAGACAUCACACCCUCUGGCCCUCUGGGGCUGUCAGGCUUCCCCUGGGAAGAGCACCAAGCAGCUACUCAACCUUCUUCUAGGAGUGGGAACUGGGCUGAGAUGCAGCAAAGUGAGCUCACCAACCGCCCCUGACCCAGGCUCCUGGGCUUGUCACACCAGACGCAGUGACAGAAGCACGCCGGGGUUCCGGCAGAGUUUUAGGGUGUCAGGACUCCCAGACUUCAUGAACCACACAUUAAUAGCCAGAAGGGACCUUUGAGAUCAUCCAGUUCAACCCUCUAAUUUUAUAGGCCCAGAGAGAAGAAGGGACUUGUUCAAAAUCAUACAUGUAGAGGACCCAAAUUUAGAAUAUAAAUUUCCUAAUUAUCAGUUAAUGCUCUUUCCAUCUCACCAUAAUCACUUGGACUGAGACUUGAGGCCCUUAAAAUUCCUUAGAAAUAAGAGCAUAUUAUAUAUUAACAGGGAAGUUUUUUAAGUUAUUUCUGUGUGAUUUUUUUCUAAUUGAAUUACAGUUGAUUUUUACAUUUUUUUUACAUGGUUGAUUUACAAUGUUGCUUAGAAUGUUUACAAAUUUAAAUGAUUCCAUUAUAUAUAUAUUCUUUUUCAGUAUAUAUAUAUAUAUAUAAUUCUUUUUCAGAUUCUUUUCCAUUCUAGAUUAUUACAAGAUAUUGAAUAGAGUUCCCUGUGCCGUAUAGUACGUCUUGUUUGGUAUCCAUUUUCUAUAUAGUAGUGUGUAUCUUUUAAUCUCAAAAUCCUUGUUUAUCCCUCCGUUUCCCUUUGGUAGCCAUAAGUCAGUUUUCUUUGUCUUGAGUCUAUGUCUGUUUUGUAAAUACGUCUUUCUUCACUUUUCUCCACUGUGCCUUGCAGCUUGUGGGCCUUGGUCCCCUGACUGGGGAUGGAGUGCAGACCGCUGCGGUGCGGGCUCUGAGCCCUAGAGCUGGGCCACGGGCCACGGGGGAUUCCCAAGCCACAGCAGCAGACACGUUCCUUGCUGUGUGCGUUUUGGCGCAUGAUUACAUAUUGUCCGGGGCUGCCCUCUGCUUGCCUGAUGCGUGCUAAUGCGUGUCCCCAUAAGGCUGGUUUUCUCGGGGUGAUACAACACAUACUGUUAAAGGGAAGAUGUUUCGUCGCUAGAACACUUGAUUAGCAUAUAGAAGAGGCCUCGAAGACAUAAAAACAAAAAGUGCUUGCUGCCCUGAAUCAUUUCUGGCAAUGAGGAUAAUCCCUGUCCUCUCCCUUUUUUCCCUGCUAAUGAAGACCCUGACCAAGACAGGAGAAAAAAAUUCAAAUACCGUAUACGUUUAUACACACACAUAUGAACACGUGUGUAUAAUUCAACAAACAUUUCUUAAAUGCUCACUACGUGCCAAACACGGUGCUGCCAUGUUCGGAGGCGCACUGAAGGCGCUUCUGUCUGUGAAGGAUCACAGACAGUGUGGCCGAAUCAGUGCCUUGCGCAGAAGGUAGGUGGCCGGCCCGGAGAGGAGGGUGGGGUGGUGUUGUCAGGGCUUGGCAGUCACGGUAGGUGACUGAGUACCGAGCACUUGAGAGGCAAGGUUUCUGCAUACACGCUCGACACCUAAUGUAAACAUGAAUUUUGUUUGGUAUUCAACCUACUUUAAAAUACCUGAAAGAAAGCCGCUCUCACUUUCUGAAACGAACUUCAUUCUCCCUAGGGAAUGUGUAUCUCUUUAAAUAAACUUGUUUCCACUUUAAUUAAUUAAUUAAUUAAAAUGCCCAAAGGUAAACCUUAAGAAGUCCUUUCUAAUCUCCAAAAGCACAAGCAACAUGUGUCGAUUGUUUAUAAAAUUAUCAAAACAGAUAUAUAAUUCUGUGAUCGCUUUUUUCAUCAAAUAUUACUUCAUAAACACUUCACUAUGCUAUGCAUUCAGGAAAGAUUGAGGGCACGAGGAGAAGGGGCGACAGAGGUUGAGAUGGUUGAUGGCAUUACUGACUCAGUGGACACGAGUUUGAGCAAACUCAGGGAAACGACGAAGGAGAGGGAAGCCUGGCAUGCUGCAGUUCAUGGGGUCACAAAAAGUCGGACGCAUUUUAGCAACUGAACAAUACAUUUGUAAUUAAUGUCACCCACCUUAACCUGAGGCUGGGAAAGAUUGAGGACAGGAGAAGGCGGCGACAAAGGAUGGUAUGGUCGGACAGCAUCGUCGACUCAGUGGAAAUAAGUUUGAGUCCUCUCCGGGAGACAGUGAAGGACAGGGAAGCCUGUGCUGCAGUCGGUGGGGUUGCAAAGCAUCGGACAUGACUGAGCAACUGAACAGCAACAACAAAUCUUCACCAGGGCAGACUGUUCUACCACGUCGCUACAACACCGAUUUUACCAUUACCCUUUUGGUGACUUUUUGGGUUGUUUCUCGUUAUUUGCUUUGUAAGUAAAAUCGUUGCAAAACUUUU